GAGAAGAAGAGAAGGGAGGAGAUGAUGACGUCUGCCAACCAAACUAACCUCCCUCAAUUUUAUUUAUUAUUAAAAUUAAAAUAAAAUAGUAUCCAAGACUUUAUUAACUGCAUUUAUAACUCUAGAUUUAUUAAUAUAACAAAUUAAAAUGGAUGAAGAUGUUUUGGCACUACAAAGACUGGAGCAUUUAAUGACUGAAUUUUUUUCACCUGAAACAAAUAAUGAACGUAAGAGAACGAUUGAACAGAGCCUUCAUGAAUUCGUUGCUCAGGUCAAUUCCUGGAGGCCUUGCCUUCAUUUUUUAUCAUCGACAAAUAAUCAUUUUGUCAGUAUGUUCGCCUUGUCCACAUUGGAGACAACUAUUGGAAGACGAUGGGCAAUUUUGCCUUGGGAGGACAGAGCAUUAAUUAGAUCGACUUUAUAUACACUUUCUCUCGAACGCGGUGUUGCUCCUUUCAUUAGAAAUAAAGUUGUUAAACUUGUCGUCGAUAUUGCGAGACACGAUUGGCCACAUUUUUAUCCCGAUUUCUUUGCGAAUAUUUUACAGUUAUUGGGCCACAAGCACACGAGACUACUUGGUUUAGUUUAUUUACGAACAGUAUCUGAGGAAUUAGCAACUCCACGUGAAGAUUUGCCAGUUCAUCGAAAAGCGGAAUUAUUGAGAAUUCUCGGAGCACAAGUGUCAACGACCCUCGAUGCACUCACAGGUUUACUACGCGAAAUGAAUAAAUUAUACAAUCGUUCUGGAACAAUAACACCGCCACCAUCGCCAACGGGAGGAAAUAAUAUUCCUCCAUUACGUGCCGUUUUAGAUGUCGAAGGAUUGUCGUCAAUGGGCAACAAUGAACUUUGUAUAGCAACUCUCGAUGUCUUGGCUCAUUUAUUUAGUUGGAUAAUCCUUGCCGAGCACAUUACACCAAAUUUAUUGGAUGCCAUAUUCGCAUGUGCCAAAUAUCACGAUUCAAUGAAUGUUAAGCAGAUAGAAACGGCUGUUCAAGCAAUGACAACGAUAAAUGAAUUAUUGUACAGGCCUUGUUCGCCGAGUAGUGUAACAGACAGACUGCUUCUACAAAUUUUUCACAAAGCAAUCGAAAUAUUUCAAUCCAUGGAGCGAUUGGAUACAAUCGACGAAAGCUACAUGGAAAAAACGACAGAAUUUUUACAACUAUUCGUAACAAAUCAUUUGAAACGCGUUGAAUCGUGUCCAAAAUUUCCAGUUAAUACAUUAUUGGAAAUUUUAUAUCAUCACACAUUUCAACAGUGUUCAACAAUUAAUGGAUAUUUACGUUGUUUGGAAGUGUGGAUUGUACUUUUAGAGAGUAGUCAAUCGCAAUAUGCGACAAUUGCUCAUGCACUCGCUGAACGUGUAUUACAAAAGAUCAGUUUUAAAAUCGAAGCUCGUACACUCAAGUUUCUCGAUACGGAAAAUCUUGAUGAAAAUGACGAAACAGAAUGGCAGCAUUUUUUAAGAUGUAACAUUGAAUGUUUGGCAAAAAUUGCCGACAUAUCGCCCGUUCCAAUUUUUACACUAUUGUAUCGCUCGUGGAGAGAAGCAUUGAGUGUAUUUGGAGAAUUGGGAAAUGCAGUAUCUAAUGGACAAGUACUUUUACUUAACGAAAAUGAAGCAUCGAGUGUUGAUGCACAUUUACGUGAUUUGGCGUCCACAACGCAAGCAUUAGCUCGACUUUAUACAAUUUUUAGUAGCGAUCAACAAACGAAUUCGGAUCAUGUUUUAAUCGAAGAAUUAAUUGUACAAACUUUAGAAGCUUGUGCAUUCGCCAGAGACAAUCAAUUGUUCCGAGCUGCUCUUCAACCCGCCGAAAUUGUACUCGAUCUUAUUGAAGUGCACUCGCAAUUAUUGGCGUCGCUACAAGCAUGGUGCCAUUGGAUUUGUGGUCGACAAUCGGAAAAAAUUAGAGAAACAUUGAGCGAACGUUGUAUACAAUCGUGCCUUUGGGCAUUGACUUAUACAUCGCCUUGCGAUGCCCCGCCAGCGAAUUUAAUUCAUUCAGCUGCGCAUUUAUUGCAAAGUAUCACUGCAAUUCUUAAACCAAAUUUAUGGGAUCAAUCGUUAUUCACCGAUUUACUUUGCACACAAGUCUAUCAUCAUCCACACUUAAAAACCGAUACUGUUAAAGUAUUACGAAGGGCAUUGACAAACGGAAUUAUCCUUCCGCCCGGCGACAAUGCAAUGCGACAAAGAUUAAUGAAUGUUCUAGUGGCGACUUUAUCGGAACCUUUAGGAGUCGAAGGACAAUCAAUGCCACCGGAUCCGAUAGUGGUGUCUUUGUCGGCUAUUAAUUUAAAACAACUUCUCGACGAUUGUUCAUCGUCGUCGACAAUUGUUAAGAAAUUAGUUCACUCCAGUUUAGAGCAAUCUGUGAAGAGAAUAUUGGAAUUAUUGCCGCAUUUUAUUCGUAAUCAGGGAACAAGUGAGACGUUACUCAGUUUCUUGCACACGGCAUUUUUAGUUCUUCAACAACAACUUGGCGCUGAAUUUACACAGAAUGCGGUACAAGAAAUGUUACACGUUUAUACAAGGGAAAAUAUUUCUUCGGGAGCGGCUCUUGAUCAGUUUUUGGAAAUUUUAAUCUUGGUCGUUUCGGCUCCAAGCAAUGCAUUUAAAGCGUUUGUUCCUUCUGUAAUUAGUUUGUGUCUUGGACACGUUUGGCCGGCAGUGAGUAAUGAUCUUUGUUCACAUCCCGAUACAACUCUCGUAUUAUUGCGAUUAUUUCACAGUAUUUUGAUUCAUCGUUGGCAAUAUUUUUAUAAUUCAUCGAUACUUCGUACGUUUGGUCAUCAGGAGGAGGAGGGUGGUGGUGGUGGUGGUGGUGGUGAGGAGAUCAUUGAACACAAGGAGGAACUUGUCGCAAUUCUAGAAGCAUUCGGUCAAGCUUUACUUCAAUCCGAUGUAAAUAUUUUUCGUCAGAGUCUUCAAUGUCUCGAACAAUUAAAUGCACGCUGGCGACUUUAUCAACGUUCAGUGUUUAAAAAUCAUCUUCUUGAAAGAUUUCUCAUGGCUCUCUUCACCGUACUUUUUCAUCGAUCUCAUAAUUUAUUAGCAGACGAAAUAGCAAACGCGAUUCAUAGUCUUGCGACUGUUGAUAUUGCUUGGUUUUUUGGUAAUUUUAUACCAACAUUUUUAACAAGCUGCGAAGGUUUGGAUAAUGUACAAAGAUCUACAUUAAUGGAAAAUUUCGAUAAAUCAACUGAUCAACCAACAUUGACGCGAUCAGUUCUUCGACUGGUUUCUGAUUUGAGAUGUUACCAGUUGUUGUGCAGGCCCGGAUGAAAAAAAUUGUCAACAAUUGCAAUCAAGAGUAUUUUAAAUAGACUCUAUUAUGUUUAAAACAAUAUCAUCUCUUUAGGAAUUUUGUCUCAUCGAUCAAUCGAUUUUUUUUCCUUUUGGACAUUAUUUUUAACAUUAAUAAAAUAACAUUGAAGACAGUGUGUGCGUUGAAUUAUCAAAUAAAUUAAAUUCUCGAAAUUUAUAAAUAUUCAAUUGAUUAUUUGAGAAUGUGUGAAAAAAAUUAAUUAACAUUCAUCAAAUAAUAAUCACACACAACUUGAAAUAUUUCAGAAAAAUUGAAAAAUUUCGUGAAUUUAAUUUUUUUGUAAUGUGAUAUUAACCAGUGAGAAUUUAAUGUGAUCGAGAGGAUAAUUAUCUUGAAGGUUGGAAAGAAGAAGAAGAAGAAAAUCCUUAAGAAAUUUUCUAAAAGAAAAGAAGUAAAAUGUGUGCUUUUGUGAUGGAAGAAUUAGCGCACACGGAAUUCUUCCUUUUUUUUUAUUUCGUGUGACAAAACGGUGAUGACCAACUCUGCUGUUGAGUAAAUAUGUUCUUUUAUAUUUGCAAAUUAAUGAAUUUUUGCAACAAUUUUUAUGUGAGAAUCACUGCCGCGAUUUUAUUAAAAUUAUAGUUAAGUAUUAACUGUUUUAAAUAAAAGAUGUUUUAUACAAA